CAUACAAUUUUACCGCUUACACCGCUCAUUGAACAUUAAUGUCAACACCGUGAAAAGUGCAUAUAAAAAGUACAAUUUGUAAUUUGUCAAAACUGUUUCACUUCUGUUUUUGCCAUGUGCAAUAUAUGCAACAUAUAGAAAGGAUAGUUCGUUUAAGCUGGUGGAAUAAACAAAGGAACAUAAACAUUAUCAACGGAUGAUCUUAGAUUGUACUGACAAAUAGCAAGGACAUAGAUAGUAGAUUGACUGAUCGUACACAAUGUGUUUUGAAUGGAUAUAUCAGACGGAAAGAUACAAAGAACGAGAUAAAACUCCGAGUGAAAAUAAUGGAUUUGCCUCGACAGUUGCCGACGCAUUCAGACGGGGUGGCAGGAAGAUGGGCUUAGUUCUGGGCAUUUUCAAGCCAGAGUUAUCGGAGUUUCAGAAAAAAAAACUACUCUACGAGUUCUCGACAUUUUUCGAUUUGAAUAAAGACGGUACAUUGGAAUGGCACGAUUUCGAGAUGGCCCGACAGAAAAUCUGCGACAUGAGCGGAUGGCAGGUCGGCUCGCCCCGUUACCUACAUACGCACGAGUUAUUCAAGGAAAUAUGGCGGAAACUACAAGAUGACGGGGAUGAAAACUUCGACGGCAAAAUCUCCAAGGAAGAAUGGAUCAAAAUGUGGCAGACGUUUCACAAGCAACACCUCGAACAAUUGAAGAAGCGAAAAGAUGACGUCACAACCGAACCAUCCCUUCCGGUGUGGCUUGAAAAGUACAUCGAGUACAAGUUUAAUCUUCUCGACAGAACUGGCAACGGUUUCGUGGAUGUUGAGGAGUAUGAAUACGUGAUGGCGGAAUUCGGAAUACCUCCCAAACAAGCGAGGAACGCUUUCACAAUGUUCAGUGUGAAUAAUGAUAGGAAGGUAGAUAUGGAGUAUUUCCGUCAUCUCUGUACCGAGUACUACCGAAGCGACGACCCGAGCUCACUUGGGAAUUUCAUCAACGGAAAACUGGACUUUACCGACUGAUUAAGAAUAACAUCCCUUAUAGUUUAUACAUGGAUGUGUACUUUGCUUAGCGGAUAAAAUGGUGCAUUAACCCAUAAAAAUCAAAGUAGAGCUAAUUGCUAAUAAUUGAUUAUGAAUAACGCCCUGUUUUUAUAAUGGCAAUUUGUUGUAUUUUUGAAUGAACGCAUAAGUCAACACCAUGUUUAGCCAUGAAAAGUUUGACUUAAAUUACUUCUUUAAAAUAGCUAUAUAUAUUUCAUAUACUGAAAUAACUGAGUGAAUUGAUAAGUUAAUUUCUGUUUUAGUCAAUUGAAGGCCAGUGUUAAAUGAUGAUUCAGAACAAAUACCAUUCGUAAAUGCACAUUUUGGACAUAUUUAUUGAAUGAACAAUGAAGAUCGGCUGUAAUAGUCAAUAGAAACUUGGCUUUAAUGGCUAUUAAGAAUACCGAUCACUAUUGAAUGAACGGAAAUCAAAGUGCGCAGUCCACACAGGCUGAUCGCUCACGACAAUCCCGGUCUAAACUGAAUUUUCGUUUAGAACAGACUUCAUUUAAGCGGAUAAUUACAUUUUAAUGGAAAGUGGCGUUUGUGAUUACAUAGUCAUGCUAAUCUGGGAUAGCUCUGUACGCACUAAGGCAUUAAGCCAAAUUUUCCCAGAAAGUGGCUAAAUUGACUGAACUGUCAUGCCAUGUCUCUGUUUAAGCAAUAUAAAGGUGCACUUUAAUGACUGAUUUUGACUAAAGAUCUGAAUUUUCUUUGGAAUUUCAUGAACGGCAAGUUGGACUAAACGCACUGAUACAGAAAAAAACGAAAAAUACAUGAAAUGCAUAUAUUGAUUAAUAUUAUUUCUUUAAUAUUUUUUGUUAGAUAUUAAAAAGGAGUGGCAUCUACGGCAAUACGACUGUUUUUAAAGUAAAUUAUAAAUAACGACCCUUAUCUUUUAUUGGCGUCAAUUUCGACCUUCCUAAUUCGGAAAAAUGACCCAUAGUCUAUUAAUAAGUAAUUGUAAUUAACGGAAAGUUGGAACUAUUUAAGGACUUGAUACAGGAGUAAAAUUGAAUUCCGUCAACGGAAAAUAAGACUUAUUUGGAAUAACGAAACAUGGCCAAAGAGGAUUUUCAUCUGCGGAAAACUCGACAUUGCAUGCUUUGAAAAAAAAAUACUUCGAGUUUCUCUGUCGUAUUUAAUCAACGGUCGAUUGGAGAUUGUUCUGAGAAAACUGAGCUAAAUGCAUGUGCGUAAAGUGUCGUCCAAGAUAGACCUGUGCUGUCCACACAGGCGUAUCAGGGAAGUCAUGUCCGCCUAAACUGAAUUUUCGUUUAAGGCGACUCCCUUAAAACAGAAAAUUCCAUGAAAGCGGAACGAGUCGUUCCUGAUUAGCCGGUGCCGACUGCAUAGACUAAUCAAGGACGACACUUCACGCACAAAACACAAGGCUGUGAAGUCUGAAUCUAACACAACGGAAUCGCGACCCAAUGAAUUCAUUGUACGGACUUUGAUUUAUACGUGUUAUACAAAAUUUAUAAUGAUAAUAAAUGACCAUAUUAAUAUGGGAUUUCAUUACAUUUUCUAUUUUCAAAUCAUAUAUCCUAGGAAUGGAUAUCUUAUAGAUCUGUAAUAAAAUGUAUUUUGUUUUUUUUGGGUGAACUUGUUUUGUGCAUAAAUUGGUUUCUUGGUUUUUACUAUGUUUGUAUUGCCUUAAUGUAUGUUUGCAUUUUCUUUAUUCUUAAACCAUGACGAUAUGCUUGUUACCAAUAAAUUGUCUUAUUCUGAAUGU